UUGCUCCGCUCCGUGUGCCUCGUUGUCCAUUUCGAAUCUCGUUUUGCCGGAAACCCUAGCUCACUCUAGGGUUUGGAGGGGAAGCGAUGGCGGCGGGCAAGGGCGGCGGUGGGGGGCGCAUCCAUCGGUUGGAAGUGGAGAACUUCAAGUCGUACAAGGGGACGCAGACAAUCGGGCCCUUCUUCGACUUCACGGCCAUCAUCGGUCCCAAUGGCGCCGGCAAGUCCAACCUCAUGGACGCCAUAAGCUUUGUGCUUGGGGUUCGCUCUGCCCACCUCCGAGGCGCCCAGCUCAAGGACCUCAUCUACGCCCUCGACGACCGCGAUAAGGAGGCCAAGGGUCGCAGGGCCUCCGUCGGCCUCGUCUACCACCUCCCCGGCACCGGGGAUGAGCUCCACUUCACCCGCACAAUCACCGGCGCCGGUGGCAGCGAGUACCGGAUCGACGGCCGGCUUGUCACCUGGGACGACUAUAACGCCAAGCUCAGAUCCCUGGGCAUCCUCGUCAAGGCUCGCAAUUUCCUCGUCUUCCAGGGUGAUGUGGAAUCCAUUGCCUCCAAGAAUCCCAAGGAGCUCACUGCACUUCUGGAGCAGAUCUCUGGCUCUGACGAGCUCAGGAGGGAAUAUGACGAACUGGAAGACCAAAAGACCAGGGCCGAAGAGAAGUCUGCACUUAUCUAUCAAGAGAAAAGGACCAUUGUCAUGGAAAGGAAGCAGAAAAAGGCUCAAAAGGAAGAGGCAGAGAAUCAUCUACGCCUCCAGCAGAAAUUGAAACUAGCCAAGACAGAACAUCACCUAUGGCAACUCUACACAAUUGAGAAAGAUGCUGAGAAAAUAGAAGCUGAACUUGAGGAGGACAGGCGGUCUCUUCAGCAAGUGCUGGAAGAGAAUCAGUCCUCUGACUAUGAGCUUUCUGCAAAAAAGAAAGAGCAAAGUGCGUUUCUCAAGAAAAUGACCUUAUGCGAGAAGAGUAUAGCCAAGAAAAAGCUUGAACUCGACAAGAAACAACCUGAGCUUCUUAGAUUGAAAGAACAAAUUUCUCGGCUGAAAUCCAAAAUCAAAAGCUGCAACAAAGAGAUUGACAAAAAGAAGGAUGAUAGCAAGAAGCAUUUGGAAGAGAUGAAAAGGUUGCAGAGUGCUUUGGUUGAUGUCACGAGAGCUAUUGAUGAGUUGAAUGAGCAAGGCCAAAAUAAAAGCGAGAAAUUGCAAUUAGCUGAUGACCAACUCCAGGAAUACCAUAGAAUUAAGGAAGAUGCAGGAAUGAGUACAGCAAAGCUGAGAGACGAGAAGGAAGUUUUUGAUAAAGAGCUUAAUGCUGAUGUUGAAGCAAAAAAGAAUUUAGAGGAGAAUAUGCAGCAGCUGCGUAACCGUGAGAAUGAGAUUUUGUCACAAGAGCGUGAGUUGCGUGCAAAGCUUAAUAAGAUUCUUCAUUCAAUCCCCAGGCAUGAAGAUGAGCUUGCUCACUUACGUGAGGAACAUAACAAAAUUUCAAAAGAGCGCCAGUCCUCCGGAGUUAAAUAUCAAAUGUUGAAGCAGAGGUUGGAUGAGAUAGAUACAAAAUUACGAGAGCUCAAGGCUGACAAGCAUGAGAGUGAGCGGGAUGCUCGAUUUUCGGAAACAGUUAGGAGUCUAAAGCGACUAUUCCCUGGAGUCCAUGGUCGCAUGACAGAACUUUGUAGGCCUUCACAGAAGAAAUACAACCUCGCUGUCACUGUUGCUAUGGGGAAAUUCAUGGAUGCAGUGGUGGUAGAAGAUGAGAACACAGGAAAAGAAUGCAUUAAGUACUUGAAGGAGCAGCGCCUUCCUCCUCAGACAUUUAUUCCCUUACAAUCAGUCCGCGUGAAGCCUAUAAUUGAGAAGCUGCGAACACUUGGGGGAUCUGCGCAGUUGGUCUUUGAUGUUAUUCAAUUUGACCGAGCUUUGGAGAAAGCAGUUCUGUAUGCUGUUGGAAAUACGCUUGUCUGUGAUGAACUUGAUGAAGCAAAAACCUUAAGUUGGAGUGGUGAAAGGUACAAGGUUGUUACCGUCGAUGGGAUUCUUCUGACUAAAUCGGGCACAAUGACUGGUGGAAUAAGUGGUGGAAUGGCAGCUAGAUCGAAUAAAUGGGACGACAGCAUAAUAGAAUCUUGGAAGAAGAAGAAAAAUCAGUAUGAAUCUGAAAUGUCUGAACUUGGGUCCCCCAGGGAGUUACAGAGAAAGGAGCUUGCUGUGUCUGAGAAAAUAACUGGACUUGAGAAAAAGCUACAUUACUUGAAUGUUGAAGAGAAUAAUCUCAGAGAGAAGCUACACAGAUUGGAAUCUGAGAAGUGUAAUAUUGAGGAAGAGAUCAAUCGUCUUGAACCAGUAAAGGAGGAGUUGGAGACUCGUCUGGGUAAAAAGGAACGGGAAGUAAGAGUUCUUGAAAAGAAAAUAAAUGAGAUUGUGGACCGUAUUUACAAAGAUUUUAGCAAGUCAGUUGGUGUGAAGAACAUCCGUGAAUAUGAAGAGAGGCAACUAAAAGAUGCUCAAGCACUGCAGGAGAGGAAGCUAAGCUUGAGUAAUCAGAUGUCCAAAUUGAAAUACCAGCUGGAAUAUGAACAAAAACGAGAUAUGCAGGCACCAAUUAUGAAGUUAAAGGAGACACGCGAGUCCCUAGAGAAGGAGCUUAAGAGUUUACAGGAGAGAGAGUCUGGAGCUAGGGCUGAAGCAGAGCAAAUUUCAAAUCAGAUGGAAGAGCUGAAAGCUGAGGCUGAAGACUGGAAAUCCAAGUCUGAUGAAUGUGAAACAGCUAUCGAUGAACUGAAGGAGAAGAAUGGUAGUGUUGCUGCGGCCUUGGCGAAGCUGGAUCGCCAAGUGAAGUCAAAGGAGGGGAAGCUUGUGCAACUUAGAUCACAGGAACGGGCGAUUCAUGAGAAAUGUGAACUGGAGCAACUGAAGCUUCCUACAGUUGAUGAUCCAAUGGAUACUGGAUCAUCUUCACAAGUACCGAUCCUUGACUACAGUCAGCUUAGCGAAACCUACCUGCAGGAUAUGCGGCUUUCUGAACGUGACAAAUUUGAGGCAGAGUUUAACAAAAAUAUAGGGGUUCUAAUUGCUGAGAUUGAGCACACUGCCCCAAACCUGAAAGCGCUAGACCAAUAUGAAACAUUGCAAAGGAAGGAAAAGGAGGUUAUGGAAAAGUUUGAAGCAGCAAGAAAAGAAGAGCUGGAGAUAGCUGACAAGUAUAAUUCUGUCAAGCAACGAAGGUAUGAGCUGUUCAUGGAAGCCUUUGAUCACAUAUCUAAAGGCAUAGACCAAAUUUAUAAGGAGUUAACGAAAAGUCAAACACAUCUACUUGGAGGAACUGCAUAUUUAAAUCUAGAAAAUGAAGAUGAGCCAUUUCUACAUGGAAUCAAGUACACAGCUAUGCCUCCUACAAAGCGCUUUAGAGAUAUGGAACAGUUAUCUGGUGGUGAGAAGACCGUUGCUGCCCUGGCAUUGCUUUUUGCCAUUCACAGUUUCAGGCCAUCCCCGUUCUUCAUAUUGGAUGAAGUCGAUGCUGCUCUGGAUAAUUUAAAUGUUGCCAAAGUUGCUGGGUUUAUCAGAUCAAAGUCAUGCCAACGUGUUGAAGAACAAAACGGUGGAGGAUGUGGAUUUCAGAGCAUCGUUAUAUCGCUGAAGGACAGUUUCUAUGACAAAGCUGAAGCACUGGUUGGUGUUUAUAGGGACUCAGAACGAUGUUGCUCAAGGACCCUUACCUUCGACCUGACGAAGUAUAGAGAAGCAUGAGUCCACUUUGUUUGAAGUCUUCACUGUUCUUUUUAGUCGGUCUAAUAUAUUUUUUAACUUGUGUACAUAAGUGACCAGUCGCGAUGUCGCUUGUAGAGUUGACGUAGAAACCGACAUGCUACCUGUGUAGUAAUACUUAUUUGUAUAAGCUACAGCAAAUCAAUAAUGCGCGCGGCCUUAUGUGUUA